AACAUAGCAGCUUUUAUUAGCUCCACAGGAUUGUUCCGUGUUAUUGACCUAUGUCCACAAAAUCUUAUCAUUUGCUUAUCGCGUCUUGCCUUCUCGCAGGUUGUUUCUUGGCUCUCGAAACUGCACAGGUCUAUGUGUUUUGUGCACUUUUACUUGUUGAAUACCAGCACCCUGCUCUCUAUACCAGGAGUGCUCAGUGUUCAAGGUUCAGGAAGAUAACGAGAGGUGAGUGGCUGACGCAUAGCUCGUGUUGUGUUACCAAAGGCUCAUAUCAGAUUACAGUAGACAGCAGCUUGGAUGAAACCAUAGCCGCAGUCAGACCGCUGUUGCUCGAACCAACCAGGAACUGGGACUAACAAAGCAGUUUUGAAGAAGCUGAAGACGCUAACAAAGGGCUGUUGUUUUUAAGACGAGCGUUACCAUGGGUAAGACACAACACUGUCUGCUGCUUUUGCUGUGUUUGUCAGGGCUCGUUCACUAUUCAGCUGCCUUGGUGUUUUGGACAGCCAUGGUGGAAAUAAGCUACGAUAAAAGAAACAACGAGACUGUGGACAAAUACUGUGACUGUGGGUUGUACGGUCGUAACUCUCUCCUGGAGAAAGCCUCGGGUGUUGUUGCGCUUCCCAAGGGAGACCCCAAAGGCUGUGGCUCGGAUCCCGUCUACAAUCGCAAUUCCAGCAGCCCACCUUGGAUAGCCCUGGUAAAAAGGGGCAACUGCACCUUCAGUCAGAAGAUCAACGCUGCCAAACGUCAAGGAGCAGCUGGUGUGGUUGUGUAUAAUAUGGAUGGCAGUGGCAACAGCACCAAUCACAUGGCACACUCGGAUGCAACGGGUAUUGUGACUAUCAUGAUUGGCAACUCUCAGGGCAUGGAGAUUGUGCGGUUGGUGAUCAAUGGGACAGAUGUGAGGAUGCUUAUUGAUUUAGGCAGCCCUCAUGGAACCUGGAUGGACACAUACUGGCUUUACUUCCUGUCCAUCGCCUUCUUCAUCGUGACUGCCGCCUCCAUCGCCUACUUUGUGUUUAUCUCUGCGAACCGUCUCUACAGUCUGAACGCGCACAGGCGCACCGAGAGGAAGCUGAAAUCGGAGGCCACGAAAGCGAUUGGGCUUCUGCAAGUGCGCAAACUCAAGACGGGGGAUGAGGAAACCACCUCUGACUCCCAUGUGUGUGCCGUGUGCAUCGAGUCCUACAAGGCAGGGGAAGUGGUGACGGUGCUAACAUGCGACCAUAUCUUCCACAAAGCCUGCAUCGAGCCCUGGCUGCUGCAGAGGCGGACCUGCCCCAUGUGUAAGUGCGACAUCCUGAAGGCCCUGGGGGUUGACGAGGAAACAAAAGAGAGCCUGUCCGCCGAGUCACCACCAGAGGUCACAGUGAUCACAGUGACGGGAGGGGAACCCAUGUACGAGGUGCCACUGACUGACCCGGAGAGUCAUCAGCAUCGCUAUGACAAUGGGGCCUUCGAGGGAGACUCGAUGGCCGGGAGACGAUGAACAACAACAGCAACAAACCGAGACACAGCCUGGUCUUUACAUAUGUUUCUGGGAUACGCUGAACCAACACAAAUGGAAUUAAGCUAUCAUGUUCCAACAGGAGAUGCUGGCUGAAAUAGAUUAUCAGAUAAAAUUCAAAGGAUUUAAAUUGUUAAUGGACCUUGUGUAAUUAGCUUGGAUGGCACUACCUUUCCUCUGCCUUGGUGUGUAAAUUACGGGGUGUGUUCAUAAAGUGACGUUUUAGAUGGUUAGAAUAGAUUUUUAGAAACUGAGUAGUCGUGAGGUGAUGCCAGUGUCAAAUUUCUGCUUUGCAUAGUGGACUCACCAGCUCGACACUGGUCAGGGAGGAAGUGCAGUAGAGUAUUUGAAUAUCUGUUUGAAAUCUGGGCCAAAUUUCCUCCCAACAAAAAGCUCGCAUUGCUCACAGUCCCUCACAAUUGACCAUUGUUGUUUAUAGUUCAGAGCAGAAUUUAUUUCUCUCAAUUCAUCAAUAUUUUUCGUUGUCAGGCUGGAUAUACAAACACACCUUUAUGAACACACCCUGAACAGGAUAUGCAGCGUGACGCUAUGCACGAGGAUGAGUGUAAAACAUCACCUGAGGGGCUGAAACUCUUAUGAAAAGUGGUUGGUCGGAACUUGUUUGCCACGAAUGAAAUAAGAAUGUUCCCGUCCUUAAUAAUUUGUCAGCCUCUAGCUACUUUUAUGAAUGUGGUAAUGCAAUAAAUGUCAUAAGAACUGUUGAUGAUAUGCUUCCCAAAAAUCUUAUCUUGACUUAUUGGUUGGGGGAAAUUCAUUUUAUGUGUAAUGGAUUUUGAAAUGAUGCAUUUUCAAUCAUGUCAAGUCCUAUCUGUAGAUAAAAUACAUAAUUCAUGUAUAGCCAUUUCCCUUCUCGAAACAGCUGGUCAUGUGCAAGCACAGACAGUUGUUCUUGAAUUGGUCUUCCAGGACUUUCCCUUGAAUUAUUUGGACUGGUGUUUAUUCAAUUCCAGUGGUCUACCUCUGAACUCUCACAUGGCUAAAUUAUUAGAUAGAUUAGUGCAAUUCCCAGAUUUAGUGUGUCCCUCAGUAGAUGAUAAACCUAAAGAAUUGUUUAAUGCCUUUGUUUGCUGGUGGGAAUAUGCUGAUUAUGGCAACACAUAUUUUUCUAUAUUGGAUCAUUUUCACUGCUGUUUUACAGAUUCCAGAAGUCUUAAAUUGUUGUGUAACAUGUAACAUUACUUGCUGUAUUAAAUCACAUUGAUGCUUAUUAGAAUGCAAUAAAUCCCUCAAAAUGAGGCCUAAUUUA